GAUACGAUGACCCUCGUGUGUACAUUCUGUCCUAUUCGCUGUACCAGAGCCUAUAUUAGACAUUCUUUGGCUGUACAGUUUAAAUCCACAAUGGAUUGCAUUGCGCUGAUAAUGGCGUAGAAAACCAGAACGUCUCGAUUAAGCGUCUCGCGUAUCUAAACAAACGUCGUGAUACCGUCUACAUAAUAAUAUCUCCUGUGAAUUCUGAGCAUAUUCUAUUGGAAAAUCGCAUGCAGUUUGACUACAGCUUUUGUUGUUGACUUGCUAAGUAGGUAGGCUAGUAUAUCCUAUAUUAUUUAUUGCAUUCCUUGUUUUGGCGUUUCAAGUAUCGCUUGUACCUUGUCCGUUUUGGUUUAGCUCUAUUAGCAUAUUACACUGUUGUCGCAGUGUAGCCUACUACCUAUAGGAUUUAGCUAAUAGCUAAUAGCCUAAUACUCUAACGGUGAUAUUGAAAGAUAUCAGAGAGCUAUAGUCACGUGUAAUAUAUCUAGCGAACUAAAGCUAAAAUGUCUGUUAACCCUCGAAAAAGAAAGCAACUGACAGACGAUGAGAUUAAACAAAUAUUUUUGGAUUCUGAUAAUGAGGGUGAUUUUAAGAAUGAAUCAAGCUGCAGUGAAAGUGAUGACGAUGGUCUGCCCGACAAUCUUGCAGCCAUUGUAAAAACUGAGCCUGAGGAUGCCUGUGAUGUUCCUGAUGAUGAUGGAGGCAGAGAGCCUGUAGCGUCAGGUGGAGUUGAACAGGUGAGCUCCAGAAGCUGGAGACCUGCCAGAAAUUUCACCCCCCCUGGACCAGAAGUUGUGUUUGAGAAGCAACAUUGCGGGGUGCAAAUCCACCCUGAAUCUCAAACUGAGGCACAGUGCUUCAAAAUGCUUCUAACUGAGGAUCUGGUUCAGCAUAUUGUGAAGGCAACAAAUAAUUAUGCCUUGCAGCUGAAAAAGAACAUGGCUCCAGGAGUGAAGGGGAAACUGGCAAAGUGGCAGCCAACCACUGUCGAUGAAAUGUACUCUUUCCUGGUGGUAAUUCUAUUAAUGGGCAUUGUGAAGAAGUCAACCCUGAGAGACUACUGGAGCACUGACCCAAUGGUCAUGACCCCAUUCUUUAUGUCUCUGUUCUCCCAGGACCGCUUCCUAGUUCUCCUCCGUUGCCUACAUUUUGUAGAUGAAGAAAUAGAAAAUGUCAGCGACCCCCUGUAUAAAAUCAGGGAUGUACAGAGUGGUCUCAUCUCUGCCUUUAAUAGAGUGUUUGUGCCAUACAGAGAUCUGUGCAUUGAUGAAUCCCUGAUGCUGUGGAAGGGAAGGUUGGCUUUCAAACAAUAUAUACCAAGAAAAAAGCACAGGAUCGGGGUGAAGUUUUUUUUGCUGUGUGAUGUGCUCACUGGUUAUGUUCAGGACCUGAUUAUCUAUACGGGUUUGACCAGUGAUGUCAAGUAUCAUGAAGGGCUUGGGAUUGCUGGGUCUGUGGUCAUGACCUUACUGACUCCACACCUGGGAAAGGGCCAUUGCCUAUAUGUGGACAAUUGGUACACCAAUCCGACACUUUUCCAGCACCUUCUUUCUCUUGGCACGGGGGCAUGUGGGACCGUGCGGGCAAACAGGAAGGGGAUGCCAGCCUUCACUAGCAAGAUGAGCAAAGGAGAUGUGGAGUUCAAAGAAAAUGGGAAUCAGCUGGCAGUCAAGUGGCAUGACAAGAGGGAAGUACACCUUCUUUCCACCAUCCACAAAUCCACAAUGUCACCCACAAAAAAGAGGGAUUAUACCACAGGGGAGAAGAGGAUUAAGCCAACCUGUGUUGUGGACUAUAAUAAAAAGAUGGGAGCUGUAGACAAGUCUGACAUGCUCAAUAGUUUUGUGGAGUGUAUCAGAAAAACCACCAAGUGGUAUAAGAAGAUAUUUUUCCAUCUGAUCGACACCGCUGUCCUCAAUAGCUACAUUGUCCAUCGCAAACUGUCAGGGAAGGUGAUCCCUUACAGGGACUUCAGGAUUCAACUGAUGAAAGAGCUGCUGAUGGAUCACCACGUAGCUCGUUGUCGUUCUGUUGGAGGCCGGCCUAGUAUUGACACUCCCCUUCGACUUAAAGCCAGGCACUUCCCAUCCGAGAUCCCUCAAACAGCUAACCAGGGCAGGAAGACGAGACGCCAGUGCAAAGUCUGCCAGACAAGCACACGCCGAAAACAGCGAAGGCAUGUUACAAAGUACCAGUGUGAGCCGUGCAAGACAGCCCUGUGUGCUUUUCCAUGUUUCGAAGAGUACCAUACUUUGAAACAUUUUUAAGCAAUCUGUUGUUUAAAGAUCCUGUAAAGUGGAAUUAAAAACGAGUUUCAAGUUCACCACACCACAGAAUGUGUUAUUAACUACCCAUCCAAAUUCGAAUGAAAAAAAAACAUCGACAAGUAUGUUAAAUUAGGCUUUGAAAUCGUAAGAAAAUCAUCAGUCUUCUCUGUUCGAGACUGGAGGGGCAUGUCGCCUGAAGGAGC